AUGCACUUUGACUGCGCAAAGUUACCCGCCUACGCUCGAUUUGUCGAGCACGUCAAGCGUACAAUUGCCGAAUCCAAGCCAGGGACGUUGAUUAUUUACGAGAACAUAACCGAGCAGUGGUCGACUGGGAUUUGGGAUACUCUAGAAGAAGAUCCAGAGCAUCAGCACAUCAGGAAAACGCUCGACACGGUCACGAGUACGUUCGCGCUAGUUGUGCCGACCGACAUUCACGACUGCCAUCACAAGUGGUUUAAUCUGAGUCAAUUCGAAUGGAUGCAAAGUGGAACAGUUAGCCGUGAGGACAUUGAACUGUCCUCUCCCGGCGUCGCAACCACGCUUAAUAUGACUUCAGGCCCUUAUAGCGGCUCACGCAAAGAACCUGAUUUGUUCUUCAGAGUCGAUGGCCAUGCACUCCCCACGCUUGCGAUUGAAAGUGGUUGGUCAGAAACUACUACCAAGCUGUAUGACGACAUGAACCUCCUAUUCGUCGGCGGCAACGGUGCGAUUCGAACUGUGUUUAUUAUCAAAUGGACGAAGCAUGCCGAUAAUGUGCAUGUGAGCGGGCGGAUAGAAGUGUAUGGCCUGGAUCGCAACGGUAUGCCUGUUCAGCGCGGACCAGCUCAAGUAGGGAUUGUCGAUCAGUAUCAUAUUAUCUUCAAAGUUAAUCUUCUAUAG